AUGGUUGUUAGCAAUGUCGAUUUCAGAAGCAUGAGUGUUAUGGAGUUCAUCUUGUAUGUGAAGAAGUUGGACAAUGAUGGAAGAAUCAAUGUGUACUAUUGUCUUCCACAACGUUCACUGAGAGAUGGGUUAAGAGCCUUGGAAGAUGAAAAUGAUUAUGUUCGUUUCCUUGAUGUUGGAUAUGAGAAUGGGGGUAUGAUCAAUUUGUACAUUGAUCACAAUCAGGAGACAGUUAUGGAGUGGAUUGAAGAAGAGAUAGCUGAAGAAGGAUCGAUAGAUGGUAAUACGGAUGUUGAUGAUGCUGUAGACUCUGAGCUUUCAGAUAAUGAGUUUGUGGAGCAUGAACCUAAUGAUGAAGUGAUACAAAUACAGCCAUCUGAUGAUCCUUUCAUUAGAAGAAAAUUUUUCAGGCCUCCAAGAGUUGUAGAUGAUAAGAAAGAUAUCAAGAAAGAUCUUCAUAAGUAUCCACUUCAUGAUCCUAACAAAAAAUAG